UCAAGUUUCUCAUCUUCAUCCUUCUUUUCACACACACACACACACACAUACCCAUUUGUUUUAUAUAUUUAUCAUAAAAAGAAAACUCAUGAAUUAAUGAUCUUCAAUUUAAAACUAUGCAUUUGUUGUUUCCACUUCAAACCACAUGAAAUCAUGAAAAUUCAUCAUCACCUCCUCAUCUCUCUCCUUUUUCUUCUUCUUCCCCUAUGCUCCUCCCAAGAAAACACCAGAAGCUUGGCCAUUGACGUCAAUGGUUUACUCGAAAGUUCUCCAAUCUCCGAGAAACUAAAUCCAAAGGUUGUUUACGAAAUUAAAGUGCAUGGCUUUAUGCUUUGGACAUCGAUGGGUGUUUUAAUGCCAAUUGGUAUAAUCUCCAUCAGAUUAAUGUCUACCAAAGACCAACCUUUAAUCACUCGUCGGCGACUCUUCUUUCUUCAUGUCACUUCUCAGAUGGUUGCACUGACACUUGUGACAAUAGGGGCGAUACUGUCAAUCAAAAACUUCAACAAUUCCUUUAAUAAUCAUCACCAAAGGCUAGGAAUUGGACUUUAUGCUCUUGUAUGGGUCCAAGCUCUUCUUGGCUUCCUCCGGCCUCCACGGGGAGGAAAGACUAGAAGGAAUUGGUUUGUAGGACAUUGGAUAUUAGGAACAUCAGUGGCUAUACUUGGGAUCAUAAACAUAUACACAGGCUUAUACGCUUACACUCAAAAGACAUCAAAAAGUGUUAAGCUUUGGACCAUACUCUUCACGGCACAACUGUCUUCUAUUGUCUUGUUCUAUCUUUUUCAAGACAAGUGGUCUUAUAUCCAAAGCCAAACUACUCUGAAUAGAAACCAAUCCGUUGAUCAUAACAGCAACAUCUCAACCACAGAGACUAGCCACGGAGACCAGGUCGAAGAUACUAAACCGGCCUUAGAGAAAUGCUGAAAGCCAUUGAGAGAUUGUUUUUUGAAGGGAAUUUGAAUUGAUAUACGCGGUGGUAAAAUAUUUGACUUACUUUCGAGUAUUUUUGUUAUUUUCAAGUGAAUCAUGCUGAUGAUGAUAGGGUGUGAAAAGGUGUAAACUAAUCUAAACCAAAGAGAUGUGUUUUUUUUUUUCAGUUAGUUUGACUGCAUUUGUAUCAUGAAGGAGAAGCAAU